UUGGGUUUGAAGUGUCUUACGCAGGGAUCUGGCUUACUUGGACAAAAAACAGCAAUGAAUCCUACAUACACACUUCUGGAUCUACCUGUGACGGAGUGCAAGGGUCUUGAUGAAGACAGAGUGCUCUACACUUUUAAAAAGGCCGAUCAUGCCAAAGCUUUGUUGAAGAACCUCGCCAUGAUGCAAGCGAAUGAAGGACUUCUGACAGACGUAGCCCUGCGCUCUACGUCCAAAGACUACGAGGAACCCUUUCAUUCCACUCUUCUUGCUGCCUGCAGUCCUAUCCUUAAACAGAACCUAACGGGAAAGCACUUUGAUUGCACUGGUGGCAAACUCUAUUUGAAGGGAUUGAGCACAGAAGUACUUGUUGCCUUUCGAGGAUUUCUUUACAAAGCAGAGUUCCCGCCACGUCAAGAUCUGGUAGAUGCCCUUCGAAGACUUGCCGUAACAUAUGGAAUGGACUCUCUGAAAAAGCUUUGUGAGCGAAACAGUAAUGAAGAAAUGUUGGCAUUGUGGAAUAGUCACUAUGAAAGUCUGCUUUCGCAACUGCGCGACAUGUGCGAGAAGUCGGAGUUGACCUCCUGUUUGUUGCAAGAUUGCAAAGGUUUAGCACAGUCAGUCCAUGCGCCAGUUGUCGCAGCAGCAUCACCAGUGUUGGGGAAAAUUGUUUCAAAAUUUCAAAAUGAUCUUUGCUCAUCAGAAGAGACAAGAUAUCUCCUAAAGGAAAUUGCUCCUAACGUCUUGGAGGAUCUCGUAGAGUACAUAUAUACGGGUGAUGUCACACUGAACGGGGAAAACGUGGCUGGUCUUCUCAAAGCUGGAUCUGGUUAUGAGAUUCCCGCACUUGCGAGGGCCUGCUGCGAUUGGCUGAGCCUACGAAUGGAAUCCUUUAAUGCAGUCAAUAUCUUGUGGCUGGCACGCGAGGAGAAUUGCAAAGAAACCAAGGUUCUUCAAGAAGAGGCAAAAAGUUUUAUCGUAGCUAACUUUACAAGUGUCAGUGAAGAAGACGAGUUCGUUGAGUUUGAGAACGAAGAUCUGAAAGAGAUCAUACAGCGGGACGAUCUUGGUGUGAAUUAUGAAGAAGAAGUAUUCAACGCGGUUGCCAAAUGGGUAGCUGCUGACGAAGAUGAGCGUACAUCGUACCUGCCAGAAUUACUGAGGUGCAUUCGACUGCAGAAUACAAGCCCCGAGUUCCUUCAAAACCUAAAGCAGCAUCCUCUUAUAAUGAAGAGUGCUUCAUGUGUUGAAUAUGUUCAAAGUGCCUUGGAAAGUCAAGCCUUGUUUCAUUUGCAAGAAUAUACAACCCCAAAAACCUUUCACGAGUCUGAACUAGCCCUCUACCCUGAUCAAUACGGCUUUGAAGAUGCUAUUUCAAAAGAUCUUAUGCCAAAAUUUUUGUCUUCGGAGUUAGAGCUUCCUGGGUCAGAUGUGCCUGUCAAGCAGACGCCAAGGAGGGUUCAAAGGAAGGAUGGAACUCCUGACAUGAGGUUUAAAGAGAACAGGCGGUUGUUAGGCCUGCAAAAUAAAGACCGCUCUCCAGAUAUGCGGUUUAAGGUUAACAAACAAGGCCUCAACUUCUCGGUGAAAAAGGACGGCACUGCAGACAUGAGAUUUAAAGUAAACCGUCAAUUCCUAGGCAAAGAUGAAGAAUGGCGACCACUUACAAAGGCGGGUACACCGGAUAGAAGAUUCAAAGUAACGAGAGGUAAUGAUGCCAUUGUGCAAUCUUCUUUAAAGAAAGGCAGAACACCAAGUACUGGCCCUGUCAAGAGAGAUGGUACGCCUGACAUGAGGUAUGCAGUCAACAAACAGUCUUACUCUCUUUCUCCUUCCGGUAGCUAUGGAGGUAGUCCUUUGCAGCUACCCUCAAAUGAAGCUUCAACUGGUCCACUGAAGAGGGAUGGAACUGCUGACAUGAGGUAUGCAGUCAACAGACAAUAUACCUCUCCAUCUCCAUCCAGGAGUUAUGGAAGCAGCUCGUUACAGUUGUCAUCAUAUAGCCGUCCAAGUGGUCCAGUCAAGAGAGACGGAACUCCAGACAUGAGGUACGCCAUUAACAAGUCAUUGAGCGACAUUAGUUUUGCAUCCUCUGGCUAUUCGUCUGGUGGGUCCAUCUACAGUUCGAGAUCAUCUCUAAGUGGCAGUGUAAGUGGGUUGAGUUCAUGUGGUCCACUCAAAAGUGAUGGUACUCCAGACAUGAGGUACGCUGCAAACAAGUCGUCUUAUGGUAGUUCACGGUCGACUGGAUCUUCUUUUGGCGGAUCAAGCUACAGCUCCAGGCCGUCUUCCAGCGGAGGUGCCUCUCUAUCCAGCUCCUGUGGUCCCUUAAAGAGCAAUGGCACUCCAGAUAUGCGAUUUAAGGCUAACAGACGGUAAAAAACUCCAAGUACGAGAGGUAUUAAAUUUUUUAGCAGAAUAUUUCCUCUGUCAUUUCGUAAUGAUUCUAUGAUUAGUGGAUUUAAAUUUCAUUGAACUGGCUCAGUCCUCGUGUCAGAUCUUAGGCAGACAUAAGAAUCAAGAGAUCUGCAUUCAUAAUUUCAGUGAAAAUUUUUCGAUCGGGUGCGAGUUGUUCGAAGCAUGAUGAACAGAAACCCAUGACUAAUUUCUUUGGCAACAGACCCUCGAAACAUCGUGGCCAACUCGAUCAUGUUCUGUCUCAAUUUUUUCCUAACUGCAAAUCGUAAUAAAUGCAAGAUUGUAAUAAUCCUAGCCCAACUGUAGCCUUAGAUUAUAAGCCUGCACUUAACAGUUAUGAUUUAGAUUCAAAACUGCUUAACACUGUCUCAUAGCCAGUUACCUACUCAGUUAGGUGAAGCCUGAAGUAUACGCCGGCAUCUCGUCUCGUAAACCACAACAAGCCUUACAUACUGUUGCUGGAGUAAGCGAAAUGACAUAUCAGGCUGGGUGUUUUUUGUGAGAAAUGGGAAUUCUAACGGUCAUCUUGUUAAAAAUAAUUUAUCUUUGCAUUCGGGCAUGUUUUAGUAAUUGUUCCGCUACCUUGCAAUUACUUUGUUGAUUGAGCAACUUUCAAUUGAGCGUCGAAUGUAAUCCGGGAUUGCUCUGGUUUUACUCAACUUAACUCUGUGAUUGAAGGUUGAAAGUUUCUAAAAAAACUGCGGUGCUGCGUCGGUGGGGGUAACAAGGUAAUUUGGUUAUUUCAACCAAGUUGA